AUGAGGAAAUUCAUUACCCUCGCUGCCUUUGCUGCUGGCUCUAACGCCCUGGUUGGCCGCGCUGAUAGCUGCUGCUUUGGCCUCACCUCCUCCGGCGGUGCAUCCGGUCAACUUGGCCAGCUGGGUGAUGGCCAGAAUCGCAUUGGCGAUGAUAGUUUACAACCCGCACAGUACUGCAUCGACUCUAACGGCGCAAUCACCGAUAGCAAGGGCCGUGGAUGCAUCCUUACCCCCCCCACCACUCAACUCCAGUGUGACGAGGGUGUACCUGCUACCCCCGGCUUCUCUGUCAGCUCCGAGGGUAUACUCGAAUACCACAAUAGCCCUGACUUCGUUGCCUGUGCCACAGGCCAGAAUGGGGGUCUGAAUAUCUACACUACCCCUAACAAGAUGGACGUUACUGGCUGUGUGAACGUGCAAAUGUCUGCCGACUCCUGCUCCGGCACUGGUGCUGGAGGUGGUGGUCCUGCUCCUGGUCCUGCUCCUGGCCCUGGCCCUGGUGCUGAAGGUGGUGGUCCUGGAGGUGGUGGCCCUGCUCCUGGCCCCGGUGCUGAAGGUGGUGGUCCCGGAGGUGGUGGUCCUGCCCCUGGCCCUGGUGUUGAAGGUGGUGGUCCUGCUCCUGCUCCUGGUCCCGCUCCUGGUCCUGGUGCUGAAGGUGGUGGUCCCGGAGGUGGUGGCCCUGCUCCUGGCCCCGGUGCUGAAGGUGGUGGUCCCGGAGGUGGUGGUCCUGCUCCUGGCCCUGGUGUUGAAGGUGGUGGUCCUGGUCCUGCUCCUGGUCCCGCUCCUGGUCCUGGUGCUGAAGGUGGUGGUCCCGGAGGUGGUGGUCCUGCUCCUGGCCCUGGUGCUGGAGGUGGUGGUCCCGGAGGUGGUGGUCCUGCUCCUGGCCCUGGUACUGGAGGUGGUGGUCCCGGAGGUGGUGGUCCUGCUCCUGGCCCUGGUGCUGGAGGUGGUGGCCCUGGGGGUGGUACGACCACUGUCACUGUCACUGACUGCAGCUGCCCUACCUCUGGUCCCCAGCCCUCCGCCCCUGGUGGAGGUGGCGGCGGUGGUCUACAGCCUUCCGCUCCUGGUGGAGGUGGAGGCCAAGCGUCGGUUCCUGGUCCUCAGCCCUCCACCCCUGGUGGAGGCGGAGGUGGUGGAGCGCUGCAGCCCUCUCCUAGCGUGCCUGGCCCAUCUGGCGGUGCUGGUAUCAAGCCUUCUGCUACGCAACCUGCUCCCGGUGGCGGUGGCGGCGGUGGUACACAGCCUGGCAUCUCCGCUAGUGUGCCUCCUUUCUCCGAGAGCGGUGCUUCGCACCCUGGUGGUUCUGCUAGCGUGUCUGCUCCCACAGGCGGCGGUACGCAGCCUGGCAUCUCCGCUAGUGUACCUCAUGCCACCAGCGGUGGUGGUACGCAGCCUGGUGGAUUUACUAGCAUUCCUGCCACAACUGGCAGCCCGCAACCCUCUGGAUCUCCUCCCGCUACCGCUACCACUGGCGGUGGCCCUCGUCCCACCGCAUCUCCCACCGCAUCCGUCCCUGCUAGCUCUGCCUCCCCCACUGGCUCAGCCACUGGAACCUCCGGCGGUGCCUGUGCCACUUCCCUCUUGGGCAGUACUCAAUCGGGUAACUACGAGAUCCCGCACCUUAUCGUUCCUGUCGACUCUUCCUCGCCCGACACAGCCGCAGGAAGUGGGCUUAACGGUACCGUGAGCUCGACCAUCUCGACUGUGUUCAACUUUGACAUCCCGGACUCCGACGCUGGCAAGACCUGCAACCUCAUCUUCCUCUUCCCCAAGCUUGAGGAUCUCGAGACCUCGUCUUUCAGCUUCAGUGGUGAUGGAAAUAUUAACUUCGCUCAACUUUCUGCCAUCGCCGAGUCCACAACAUCCUUCAGCAAUGUACCAUCGGUGGCCCAGGACCUUGCCACCAUUACCGUUUCCCCGGGCAACUCCUACCUUGUCUCUACCUUCUCUUGCCCGGCUGGCCAGGCUGUCGCAUAUCAGAUGAAGAACACUGGCAGCACUGACUUCGACUUCUUCCAGGACUGGAACCCGUCUCCUCUCGGUCUGUUCAUCACCACUUGUUAA